CCAUCACCAUCACCAUCACAACACAAACUCUUUAACCUAACCAUGGUUAAUUUUUAACUCAAAUCCACCUUCAUCACCUUAAUUUAAUUUAAUAUCACCACCACCACCUUACAACCUUCCCUUACGUUCCCCUUUCUCAUUGCUAUAUUAGUAUUAACCCUCUUAGCCUCUGCUUACUCCCUGUCACUUCACUCCCUUUGCUUCAUUUUCAAGUAUUCUCUUCUUCUCCGAUCAACAAAACAAAAUCUGGGUCUUCUUUUUUUUUUUUUGUUUGAAUCGGAACGGUGGUGGUGAGUUGAAGAAGAACAAAAAAAUGAGCUGCAAUGGCUGCCGAGUUUUACGAAAAGGAUGCAGCGAGACAUGUGUGUUACGAUCUAGUUUACGGUGGAUUGAAUCGGCUGAAGCUCAAGGCAACGCUACCUUGUUUCUCGCUAAGUUUUUUGGCCGGAGUGAUCUCCUUUCGCUUAUCUCCUCCGUCCCUGAAUCUCAACGUCCCGCUUUGUUUCAGUCUUUAUUGUUUGAGGCAUGUGGUCGAACUGUGAACCCGGUGAACGGAGCGGUGGGGUUGUUAUCGAGUGGUAACUGGCAUAUCUGUCAAGCGGCGUUGGAAACGGUUCUUCAGGGCGGAGCUUUACGACCAAUUUCGGCUGGAUCCUGGACACCGAGUUGUGACGAGUCAUCUGAUCGUUUCUGUGUUAACUCGUGCAACUUUGAAUCGAAGCCGUUAACGACGUCGAUGAUGAUGACGGGGAAUCAAUCGGUUUUGACGGCGCCGUCGGAUCUUAGCUUGUCUGUGACGGCUAAGUUGGGCGGAGAAAUGAGAAAUAAAACGGUGUCGUUUUAUUCAGAAGAAUCGGAGAUUACCACUCUUGGAAGCAAUGGAAAUGAAGAAACCCAAGACACAAAAAUUUUGAAUCUCUUUGUUUAAGAAAAAUAAUUACUUUUUUUAUAUAUAAAAAAAUUUAUCUC